AUGGAGCUCAGUGCAGAUGUUAGAGAGAUUGGAUUAGAAGCACGCCAAGUUUGUGUCCUUCGUAGUGGUAGUGACACUAAUGACCACAAAGACAAGGACGCUGAGAGCGCUGUGGAUGAGCAAGUUCCGGUGGAGCCAAAAUGGAGAAAAUUCUUGGCCCAUGUUGGUCCUGGAGCUCUUGUGGCCAUUGGCUUCCUGGAUCCUAGCAACAUUGAAACUGAUAUGCAAGCUGGGGCCGAGUUCAAGUAUGAGCUCCUCUGGGUGGUCUUAGUUGGUCUAGUCUUCGCGCUUUUGAUUCAAACACUUGCUGCAAAUCUUGGAGUGAAGACAGGGAAGCAUCUGGCUGAACUUUGCAGGGAAGAGUACCCACGUUAUGUUACCAUUUGCCUAUGGAUCACCGCGGAGCUGGCGGUGAUAUGUGACGAUAUCCCUCAAGUGUUAGGCACAGCCUUUGCUUUCAAUAUACUGCUCAAGAUUCCAGUGUGGGCCGGAGUUAUCCUCACAGUGUUCAGCACCCUCGUGUUUCUUGGGGUGCAAAGAUUUGGGGCCCGCAAACUGGAGUUCAUUAUCGCUGCCUUCAUGUUCACCAUGGCGGGCUGCUUCUUCGGAGAGUUAACCUACCUGAGACCAUCAGCGAGAGAGGUGGUGAAGGGAAUGUUUGUCCCAUCGCUCUCAGGGAAAGCUGCUGCCACAAAUGCAAUUGCGCUCUUUGGCUCUAUCAUCACACCGUACAACCUGUUCUUGCAUUCUGCCCUUGUCCUCUCGAGAAAGACGACACCAAGAUCAGUUAAAAACAUCAAUGCUGCCUGCAGAUACUUCCUUAUCGAGUGCAGCCUUGCAUUUGCUGUGGCGUUUCUCAUCAACGUUGCGUUGGUCAUCGUCGCAGGAACUGUUUGCAGUUCCAACAAUCUUUCUCCAGCAGAUGCAAACACGUGCAGUGAUCUUACUCUGCAAUCCACCCCUCUGUUGCUCAGGAAUGUUCUUGGGAGGUCAAGCUCCGUUGUAUAUGCUGUUGCACUGCUAGCUUCAGGGCAAAGCACCACAAUUAGUUGCACAUUCUCAGGGCAGGUCAUCAUGCAGGGUUUUCUUGACGCGAAGAUGAAAAGCUGGGCACGGAACAUCAUCACUCGAGUCAUUGCAAUUGCUCCAAGCCUUAUUGCCUCUGUUGCUAGUGGUCCAACAGGUGCGGCAAAGCUCAUCAUCUUGUCAUCGAUGUUGCUGUCUUUUGAGCUGCCAUUUACUAUUAUCCCUCUCCUCAAGUUCUGCAACAGCAGCAAGAAAGUAGGACACCUCAAGGAAUCCAUCUAUACGGUAGUCCUUGCCUGGACAAUCAGCUUGGCCAUCAUCAUCAUCAAUGCCUAUUUCAUAGUGUGGGUCUAUGUGGACUGGCUCAUCCAUAAUCACCUCCCGAAAUACGCCAAUGCUCUGGUGUCCAUCAUCUUCUUCGUGCUCAUGGCUGCCUACAUCAUCGCCAUUGUCUACCUGAUGUUCAGGAAGGACACGAUGGUGACAUACAUUCCAGCAACAGAAAGGCUGGAAACUGGAAGCGGUGGUCCACUGGUGUCUCUUGCCGAUGGAGAAAAGCCACCUCCGUUUAGAGAAGACCUGGCUAAUAAUGCCUCCAUGUAG